GUUUGAUACUGGUUUUUCGAAUAGAGAAUAUUAUUACAAAGUGGAGAGUAUUAUUUAGUCAAAGCAGAUGUCAUUUUCAUAAUAGUUGGAUUAGUUUCAAACUCUCAUACUAUAUUUUAGUUGCAAACGGAGACAUAAUCAAAAUGAAUGAUUAUCAAUACAUGAAUGGGUUUGGAUCAUACUUUUCAUCGGAAGAUAAAAGAUGUCCUGGCUCCCUCCCGGACGGUCAAAACUCUCCUCAGAUUUGUCCUUAUGGUUUAUAUGCAGAACAAAUAUCAGGAAGUGCCUUCACAGCGCCCCGCAAAGAAAACUUAAAGUCAUGGUUGUACAGAAUACGUCCUAGUGUAACGCACGAACCUUUUAAGCCAUUUAAUGGUAAAACGGGUUUAAAUAAUGAUUGGAAUGGACAACAUCCAAAUCCUAAUCAAAUGCGUUGGAAACCUUUUGAUAUACCUUUGGAAGACGUAAACUUUGUAGAGGGUAUACACACGAUAUGCGGCUCAGGUGAUGUACAUAGCCAUCAUGGUCUUGCUAUACAUAUCUACAUUUGCACUACUUCUAUGGAGAAAACUGCGUUUUAUAAUAGCGAUGGAGACUUUUUGAUUGUGCCUCAAAAGGGUAGUUUGGAAAUAACUACUGAAUUUGGUAAAUUGGUAGUAAGGCCAAAUGAAAUAUGCAUCAUACCACAGGGGAUUCGAUAUUCAGUUAGAGUAACGGAACCAUCAAGAGGAUACAUUCUUGAGGUUUAUAACAAUCACUUCCAACUUCCGGAGCUAGGACCCAUAGGAGCAAAUGGGUUAGCUAAUCCUCGCGAUUUUCAAACUCCUGUUGCCUUGUUUGAGGAUAUCGAUGAAGAUUUCCAGAUUAUUUGCAAGUACCAAGGAAAACUUUUUACUGCUAAACAAUCUCAUUCGCCAUUUGAUGUUGUAGCUUGGCAUGGAAAUUAUGUCCCUUUCAAAUAUGAUUUGUCAAAAUUUAUGGUUAUUAACUCUGUCAGCUUCGAUCAUUGCGAUCCCAGCAUAUUUACCGUUCUCACUUGCCCAAGCUUUCGCCCAGGUACUGCUAUUGCGGACUUUGUAAUAUUUCCACCAAGAUGGUCGGUACAAAAACAUACCUUCCGGCCGCCAUAUUAUCACAGAAAUUGCAUGUCAGAAUUUAUGGGGUUAAUUCUUGGUAAAUACGAAGCAAAGGAGAACGGUUUUUUCCCUGGAGGUGCUACUCUUCAUUCGAUUAUGACUCCACAUGGUCCAGAUUAUCAAUGCUUCGAAAAUGGAUCUCGAGCAGAGCUAAAACCUGAAUGGAUCGCCGACAAUACACAGGCCUUCAUGUUCGAAUCAUCACUUAACUUAAAAAUAACAAAGUGGGCUGAAAAUACGUGUCAAAAAUUGGAUAAGCAGUAUUUUGAAUGCUGGAAAGGAUUGAAAAAAAAUUUUAAUAUGAAUUGUAAUUAAUUUUAGUACCCUUACCUUGUAAUAAUUAUAUUUUAUAUGCCAAAUAAAUUUUUAAUUGCUCGUUUUCAAGAUA